AUGUCCAAGACCAGAAUCCAGGGCGCUGACGUUGCGGUGCUACUUGAUGCGGUCAUUGCGGCCUCCGGACGAGUUUUACCCGGAUUCGGUAACGAUUCGGCUGGCUUCGGCUGGUUGGCCCAGCGCGCACCCGUCUCUACCCGUCUCGUUUGACACUCGUUAGUCUCGUUUCACCCACACUCCCCUACACACCCAAACAAGAAGCCAGCCAGCCGAAAAGUAUGCCACAGUCGAUGGAGAUUCUCCAAGCAAAACAAGCGAACUGACCGACCCUGCCACCCGUCGCCCACAGUGUCUGUGACCGUGCAACCCAAGGCGAUGCACCCGCUGCUCGCUUGCAAGUUCAAAUCCCCCAUGAUGCGGCUCGGCGUCCUUCAGUGAGGCUGACGCCCUGACGGUGCCUUGGCAAUUGUUCAUCCAACAGCGUACCUGCAAUCGCUGGCGACACGUCCCGUGUUGACCAAGUCGUCCACCUCGGCCGUGCUCUCGUCAGUCUCCCUUCUCCAGUGCCUGCCCCACCCCACUCUGUCGAUGCCGAGCCGCGUACCCCGCACGAGACGACGCGACGGGCGCACGCACGGUCCCAGGCAUCCGGCAGGCAAACGAUCCACCCAUCUACCCAUCUACCGAUCUGACCCCAUGAUUCUGUUUUCCUAUCACCAGCUUCGUUUCCGAGAUCAUCGCCGGUCAUGCGUCCGGUGCCUUGCCCGCUCCUCUCGCCAAGCACGAGCGCACCGGUGUCUUGCCGAUUGACCUGCUCAAGCAGAACAAGAAGGCGCUCAAGCUCGCUGCAUAUGGUAUGAUCAGCGAGACUUUUGACUGCUCACUACAUCCCCGUCUUUCCGAGCUUCUCAAACUGACGAUCACCCGCCCCCCUCGUGCAGGCUUCUUCAUCUCGGCCCCGCUCGGCCACACCUUGAUGAACAUCUUGCAAAAUGCGUUCGCGGGCAAGACCUCGGGUCGAGCCAAGUUGGGCAUGAUCCUUUGCUCCAACCUCUUUAUCUCGCCGAUCCAGCAAUCCGUCUACGUGCGUUUUCCUCCUCGCUCGGCGUUUUGAACAAGUUGAGGAUCUUCAGGAAAGCUUAUCUGACAUUCGUCCUUGUGCGCUGCUAGAUCGCCGCGAUGGCCUACAUCAACGGCGUCGAGUCGAUCGAAGGUAUCAUCAAGGCAUGGAAGAUGAGCAUCAUGCCGAUCCUUCGGCUCACUUGGGUCAUCUCCACCCUAUCGUAAGCCACAACAGCCUCGGAAGGUUCAAACCCAGCUCUAAACUCGCUUCCCCUCCCCUCCCUCUGUCUCUUUUUCCAUAGGUUGAUGAUCGCGCAACGCUUUUUGGACCCUUCGACCUGGGUCCCCUUCUUCACUUUGGUCGGCGCCACCGCCGGCACCUUCAUCAACACGCAGCAGAAGAAAAAGGCUUUGGCCGCGAGGGCCAAAGCCGCGACCAAGCGUGAUGCCGAGAAGAAGGACUAG